AUGUCAUACCCCAAGGAUGCUAAAGGUGCUAGAUCGAGAGUGGCCUACUUAUCCUACUUACUAGGCCGCAAACGACCUACAGUAGAAGUAGAAGAAGAGGAGGCGAAUGUCACCAUGUCGUCCUCGACCAUGAUUCACCCGCCGAUUGAAUCCACCUAUAUCUCGCUCACGACGGAAACGCAAAAGGCAACAAGCGCGGAAAUCGAACAAGUGUAUCACGACGUGCCGUGCUUGCAAUUCCAAGCUCGAGAGCACCUAAGUUACGCUCAGCGGAAGUUGAAAUCCGUCAUGCCGGCAGCUUACAAAUCCCUCGAUGCAAACCAUCCCUGGAUGACGUACUGGCUUUUGAAUUCGCAACGCCUCAUCCUGCCAAAUGACACGUCAUUGAACCCGUCGGAUAUUCCCCAGUUGAUAAAUGACAAGAUUGAGCGGUGCGUCAACGACGACGGAGCCAAUGGGAUCGCGGGCGGCACAAACCAAAUGGGCCACGUUGCGUCAUCAUACGCCGCCGUCCUCACUCUCGUACUAACGCGAAACUAUCCACUUUUACACAAGAUCAAGCCGCGCGUGUAUCAGUGGAUGCUCAGCUUGAAAAGGGGUCAGCAGCACGGAUCAUCGUACAUCAUGCACCAGCACGGCGAGCAUGAUACUCGGUCCACUUACUGCAUCUUGGUGAUUGCCUCGCUCUUGGGUGUGCUAACUGAGGAAAUCACCGCCGGAGUAGAAGAGUGGAUCUUGAGUUGUCAGACAUACGAAGGUGGAUUUGCGGGUGUGCCGCAUACCGAAGCGCAUGGAGGAUAUACGUUUUGCGCGGUGGCGGCGUUGCUUAUUUUGAACCGCGAUGCGCGGGAGUUGAAGCAAAAACUCGAUUUUGAUGCGCUUGUCAGGUGGUGCAGUGGCAGGAUGACGCUUGAAGGAGGGUUCAAUGGACGCAGCAAUAAGCUCGUUGACGCAUGCUAUAGUUUCUGGAUCGGGGCCGUUUUCCCCAUGCUUGAAGUGAUGGACCCGCGAGUGCGUGGAGUUUUUGAUCACGAGGCGUUGAGCAAUUAUCUAUUGCGGGUGGCUCAAGUUGAUGGUGGCACCGGUGGCUUCCGUGAUAAGCCAGGUAAGAACCCGGAUUAUUACCACACUAACUACAGUCUCUGCGGAUUGAGCUUGUGCGAGCAUGAGUAUGUGUGUCCAGGUGGAGAAGAAGCAGGCGAUGAUGAUGUGUUGGCGUUCGGUAUCAAAGCAAGGGAAAAUGAUGAAGGGGAGACGUUUACGAGGGCGGUGCAUCCCGUGUUUGGUGUGCCUUUGGAAGACGUUGCUGAAUGCAAGAGACAUUUCGCGAACCAGGAAGGGUAG